AUGAACAGUGCGGUCGCACCGACGGACAGUGGUCCGACGACGGACAGUGGUCCGAUAAUGAACAGUGGUCCGACGACGGACAGUGGUCCGAUAAUGAACAGUGGUCCGACGACGGACAGUGGUCCGACGAUAGAUGAACAGGGGUGGUCGACGCGCGACAGGGGAUCCGAUAAUGACAGUGGGUCGACGGCGGACAGUUGGGCUCCGGCGGCGGCAGCAGAGGUGGUGGAUGAGGAGGAGGACAUGGAGGCAGAGGUGGUGGAUGAGGAGGAGGACAUGGAGGUGUACACGACGAGCGUCGCGCAGCUGGAGUCGCACGUCGCGGCCGAUGCGCUGCCGACCUCGCUCGGCGGCCGCCUCGCCGCCAACCACGACGCGUGGACGCGCUACUGCAUCCGCCGCAGCGGCGUCGCUCGCGCUGCCGACGACUACUGCGAUGUCACGGCCUUCCUCGACGGCAAAUUCAACCAGCUCGCGAACAUGGACGCGCUGAUCGACGACGGCGGCAGCGGCGGCGGCGGCGAGAUGCCGUCGGACGUGUCGGGGGAGAUGCUCGACGCGGCCGUGACUUCCUCAGAAGUCGGCGGCGGCGGCGCGACGGAGAAGCACGACAGCGAGGAGCGGGAGAAGGAGGUCGCCGUCGAGAAGAACGGCGGCGACGGCGGAGGAGGCGGCCAGGGGGCGCCGCCGGACGCGUACGAGUCGGUUCACCGUGGCGACGGCGGCUACACGAUCGAGGACUGCGUAGAGAUGGUGCGGGGGAAGAGUCGCGGCGGGCUCUACCGCGAGUACGGCCUGAUCCGCGCCGCCGACACCGACGGCACGUUCGAGACGUCGAGGGCGCGCCACAACCUGGUAAAGAACCGUUACUCGGACGUGCUCUGCUACGACCACUCGCGCGUUCGUCUCCGUAACGACGGCAACGACGAUGACGACGAUGCGUCCGACUACAUAAACGGCAACUACGUCGACGGCUACAAGCAGAAACACGCCUUCAUCUCGACACAGGGUCCCCUACCGAAAACAUUCCCAGACUUUUGGAGGAUGAUAUGGCAAGAACGUGUAUUGGUGAUUGUCAUGACCACAAGGACGAUAGAGCGCAGCCGGCUGAAGUGCGGUCAGUACUGGCCGCUGGACGAGGAGAUGGGGGAGCAGUGCGGCGACUUUCUCAUCAUCAACGCCGGCCAGCAGCAUCACAAGGACAACAUCUUCACGACCCUCGUCGUGCACAACACAAAGACGGGCGAGUCACGCGAGGUGAUGCACUGCCAGUUCACCUGCUGGCCGGACUACGGCGUGCCGCACUCCGCCGCAGUCAUGCUCGACUUUCUCUUCCAAGUGCGCGAUAUUCAGGCGUCGGCCGUGCAGGCGCUGGGCGACGCGUGGACGGGGCACCCGCUCGGACCGCCCAUCCUCGUGCACUGCAGCGCCGGCAUCGGCCGCACAGGUACGUUCUGCAUGCUGGACAUUGCGCUACAGCAGCUGGCUGACGUCGGUACGAUCGAUGUCGAGUCGACCGUGCGCAAGAUCCGCACGCAGCGCGCGCACAGCAUCCAGAUGCCCGACCAGUACGUGUUCUGCCACCUCGCCGUCAUUGAGUACGCGCUCAACGAGGGACUCCUCGACGACGUCGACCUCACGGGCUUCGACGACGACGAAGACGACGAUGACUGACGCGGCGUCGCCGCGGCAACGGAGGAGGAGGAUGCUGGACGGCGUCCGGGGGUCGCGCCGC